GAAGCGCUGCUGAGCGCCCCUCUCGCGCACACCAACGUUCUUUUUUACUUCCUUCUAAACACACAUAUUCUUUGGGUGCCUUUGGGGGGAAUUUGCGAAUCGUUUCCUGCUUCGGCAAAUUCGUCUCUCACACAUUUACGCACUUCUUCGCACUGCCCAGAGAGCCGCGAAGUGUGGUGGAUAUUCGGCUAAAAUUUUUUUUAUCAUCAUCAACAUCAUCAAACUUUUGGUGAAUCCGCGACAGAACAUUUUUGUUAUUUCGCCAAAAAGACGCCCUUUUUGUUUGCGAAAAACAAGCCACGAAUGAGGCAUUUUUCACCAUAUCCAGAAAGCUGUAGAAAUUCUCUGCGUGCUGUUUUUGAUGAGAAAUUCUGUUUGUGACAAUGUGUAUGUGUUUCGUCUCAUUGACCAGACCAACGACGACAAAUCGACCAACCAGCAGAAAUGAAUUAAUAAAAUUUCACCAGCAAACAGUCUAAAAAAGCAAAGCCUAAAAACUCAAAAAAUAUUACCACAAAGUGACUAAAUCGCGACAAAGAAUCGACUUUGAAUUGAAGUGCCUUGAAAAGGAAUAAAAAAAGGACACACACUAACGAGAUAAUGUGAAGAUAAGCAAAGUGAUAUGUACACUGAGAGAAGAGCAAGACUCAUGAGGGCAAGCCUAGUUUGACUAGAUUAAAUUAAAAAAAAAAAACAAAUAAAAAAGAAAGACAUUCGCGAAAAUUCGACAUAAUUUUUGGCAAAAUUCGGCAAAACCAAGUAAAGUGAACUAACAAAGAAUCCCAGCCCCACACAGCUAAAAAACAAUUUUUGAGAAUUCACCAGAAAUCUGAACGAGACUCUAGCAUUUUUGGACUUUUUGGUUAUAUUUUUGGUUGAUUUAUAAACUAUCUUUUUUUUGUAAUUUACCUACAAAACUUUUCGGCCUGAGCUGUGUGUGUGGUUUCCCUAUUCAAAAUUUUUCGUUGUCAAAAUUAUUCACUUCCCAAAAAACAAAAUAUCAAAAUUCAAAAUUUUUCCUGAAAAAUCCAACAUCCAAAACUAUCCCCAAAAAAAAUUACUAACCAAGUUAAACAAAAAAUUGCGAAAUUGUGAAGCAAGAGAGAGGAUUAAGGAGAUCCUGUGAAUUCCGUGGAGAAUUUCUCGUGUCGAUGCCAGGAGGAAUUUGCAUCUGCACGGACUUCUUGGUGAAGAGCGUCAAUUAAUUUUAGUGGAAAACGUUGCAUUUUUUGGGGGGUGAAAGAAGGAGAAAAUUCAGCAACAUGAGUAACAGUGAAGGUCAGACAUUCUGCCUGCGGUGGAACAACCACAAGUCCAACCUCGUGGAGAUUCUGGACGUGCUGGUGAAGAUGGAGAACUACGUGGACUGCACACUGUAUGUGGACGGGAAUGUGCAGUUCAAGGCGCACAGAGUCGUGCUGGCCGCCAACUCGCCCUACUUCCAGUCCAUCCUGCAGGCCGUGCCCAAUGACCACUGCAGCAUCCUCUGCCCGGGCGUGAGCCAGGUGGAGAUGCGCACGCUGCUGGAGUACAUGUACUCGGGCGAGGUGAAUGUGGCACAGUCCGAGAUUCCGCGCAUCAUGAAGAUCGCCGAGCAGCUGGAGAUCAAGGGAUUGUUCGACAUGGCGGACAUGAAGUACAAAAUGGAGAAGUUCAAGUUCGAAGAGCCACAGCAGUUCUUCGGCACCUUCCACCAGAACAAGCGGCCCAUUUCGGCGGAUCCCUACACCAGGAGCGGCGACAACGGCGGCCCGAGCAGCUCCAAGUCCAACCACCACCAGUUCCCGCACCACCAAUCCUCGCCAGUGAUCUCGACCUCGACCAACGUCUCGUCGGCGCAGAGCAGCAGCUCCUCGCCGCCCUACAACUACAAAUCGCCCUACUCGAGCCUCUAUCCGCGCAGCCCCGGACCCAGCUCGGGGCCCGACCGCGGGCCGCAGUGGCCGCCACUGAGCGCCUCUCUGCCCACACAACAUCUACAGACCGCCGCCGCCGCCAUGCUGAGCUCCGUAUACGAGUCUGGAUCGGAUAUGAACCCACUAAAGCGCAAGAAGAUCUCCAGUAUCUCCAGCAUGCUCAUGUCCAGGGACACGCCGAUCCUGCGCAACGUUCUGGCCCAACCCAACGUCGCCGACUCCUCGCAACCCGUGCCACUCGUGUGCCAGCCCGGCGACCACAGCGACCGCCAGUCCACGCAGUCCAACGGCAGCACUGACUACUCCUCCAAGAACGUGAAGAACGAGGAGCCACACUCGCCGUACACAGACAAGUCCUUCGAAGACGACACCAUGGAGUCUCCGCAAAACUUCUCCGGAGACUCACGGAUCGCGCCUUACGUGCCACAGCAACAGAAGCCGGAGUGGAAGCGGUACAAACAAUACACCAGGAAUGACAUCCUCUCGGCCAUUGAGUGCGUGCGCAACGGAAUGAGUGCUCUGCAGGCGUCCAGGAAGUUUGGAGUGCCCUCGCGGACGCUGUACGACAAGGUGAAGAAGCUGGGAAUCACGACUGGCCGUCCAAUGAAUCGCACAAUCAAGAGGAGUCCGAGCAAUGGCACCAGUCCAGCCGCCUUUCCGUACGGCAUCAGUGGGACCACAACACCGUAUUCCCAUCACUCUGGAGCUGGCCAGGAUGGCGCUUCGCUGGCUCACCAGGCACUGGGCGAUGACAGGGACAGGGAUCAGGCGCACCACUUGCCGCCGACAAUUCCUCAUCCCGCAGCCGCUCUGCUGGACGCCACUUUCCUCCAGCAGGCACUAGAAGCGCGCGGCGGAGACAUCGCCGGCCGGGAAGCGCUUCACGCCAUGGCCUUUGCGGCCGCCGCUCACGCUGCCGUCAACGGUAUCUCCACCAGUCCAGGCACGCACGGCACCGCGCGAUCUCCGAGUCCCAGUCACUUCAUCAAGUACAUGAGGCGCUCCAGGACGCCGCCAGACGCCGACGGGGACAAUCAUCAUGGGCCAGAGGAGGACUACCGCGCCGAAGACCUGUCGAUGGUGAAGAAGGAGAUGGCCUCGCCCUCCGGCGCCUCUACGCCGCUGCCCCAGGGCCCGUCGCACCACUCACCGGCGUCUCCGGACGGCUCAGCACCCGGCUCGCCGGUGCACUCGCCCGCGGCGCCGGCGCCCAGCCAAGGCGUGAUCGUGCCGCCGCUGACCAAGGUGUCACCCACGCUCAAGGAUCCCUUCCUGGAGGAGCGCCAGCGCGAGGCGUCCCCCAUGAACGAGGAGCCCCACGACUAAGCUCAAAUGAACGAGUUGCUCAAAGUCGCUCAAUCAUUUUUGAUCCCGUGUACAAGAGAAUUUCUAAAAUGCUUCAAUCACCGACUGAAUCUGUGCAAUAAGGUAAACAUUUUUGCCCACUUCAAGAAAUUCCUCAAAGGCUCAAAAGAAUUAAGAUAAAGGAGAAAGAAAAAAUCCAUGGUAAACAUGAGCAAAACCGUACUUUUUAAUUUAAAAGAUGAAGAAAAAACACUAUUUCCUAAUUUUCUUUCAUUUUGUAAAUAACUUUUUUAUUAUCUCUUUUCUCUCUCUCUGACUUUCCUUGUGCAAAAAUUCAACCAACUUUUAUUUCCUCUUACUUUAAAAUUAAACCCCUUACUUUAAGAGCUGCGAUUUAUCGUCAACUUCUCUUAAAGUUGUUGCGUGAAAUCACAGUUCGAUUUAAGCUACAUUUUUUUGGUCUUUCGUGGAAGAAAAAAGAAAAUUAAUGUUGUGGAUCGUUUAGUGAGUAAAACUUGGAUUAAACUCGUAGAUUAACGACGUCGGAAGGUUUCGACGGUCUGUGUAAAUUUUAAAUCAAAUCUGUCCUACCACCGAGUGCCUAUUAGAGAAAUGUAGCCUUUAAAGAGAAUAACUAGACAAGAGAGACACUAUAUAUUGAAUGUUUUUGAGCAUUUUAUUAUGAUUUUUUUUACGAGGAAGAGUAAAAGAAAGAAAAAAAAAACUAUAUCGCAUAGUUAAUCACCGCCAUUUAAGUAAUCUUUUAGCACUAAGUCGUUUCAUUUUACAAAACUCUAAACAUAAUCAUGAGACAACAAUUUUACGUAAUGUAUUUAAAUGGAAGGAAUUCUAUAGUUGUAAUUCGUUGAUAGAGUGAAAGAAAGUCCAUCUGGCGAUGAGGAUUAAUAGAAAGUCUAAAUGAUAUUUGAAUAGAGUUAUAUUUUUAACGAAUAUGUAAAAGUAAAUAGAAGAAAAGAAAAAAAACCAACAAAAGACUGAUUGAUGGUAUAAAGUUAAAUUGUGGAGGAUGAAAGAUGUGUAAUGUAGCCAUUCUUAAAUGUAUUUUAACUCUUAGUUGGUGGGAAAUUUUUUCACUCUCAAUUUCGACCCACAAAAGGACAUUUUUGAGAGUGACUAAUUUGGUAGAGCAAAAAUAUUAUUUAAUUAAUAAAAAAAAAUCUAGAUGAGACUGAUUGAUUGAAUUUCUGUAGUUCACAUUGGAAGAGCAUUAAAAAAAUAUUUCUGCACAAUAUUUUGCAAAAUUUCUUUGUAAAUGUUCAAACAAUGCACACAGUAAAUGUAAUUUGUAAAAAGUGUUUUAAAGUUGAAAGAAAAAAAUUAAACAUUUUAAUCUUACUCAGAAUGCUGAAAUACAAAAAAUAUUACUUCUUUUCCUAUUUUUCAAAUGACGAUUAAGAGGAUUUUUGCAAAUAUUAAGAGAGAGUAUAAAAAUGCUGGGGCGAUGCAAUAUUUUAGUAUUGCUCCUGAGAAUUCAGUGUUUUUUUUUGUGCGAAGGAUGAAGAAAAAAUACACAACAAAAAGAGGACAUAUUAAAGAAAUUAGCUUUAAUAGGAAUUUUUCGGAAGAAGAAACAAUAGAUGAUAAAAAAAAUAGGAUUAGAAUUGAUUUGGAGAAAAAAACAUAAAAAUUCUUGGCAAAAUUUUUUUAGGUAAAAAUUAAGAGUUUAAUCAACUUUCGGUUUAGUAAUUAUAUAACUUUUUUGGCAUUUAAUAAUAAAAUCUCAGACAUGGAAAAAUGCAGAGAAAGAAAAAGAAGAUUGAGAAUAAGAAAAGAAAAACAGGCAGAAAUCUUGCACAAGACAUAAAAAAAGAAAGAAAUUUCGCGCUAAAAAAAAUAGAUAAAAUGAGUAAAACAUUUUUUAUUUCCUGUGAUCUUUUUAAUAGACUGAUAAAGUAAUAAAUAAAACCUAAUAAACAUAUAGUUGUAUAGAUUCUUAAAAAUGAAAAACUAAAAACUGAAAUAUUAUUGAUAAAUUGAUAAUUGUUAAUUUGUUUUUCUCUCCCGUUAGACUGAUUUUGUGUUUAUAAUUUUUUUUCGAGGUGAACUUCGAGCGAGAAAGAAAGUAAAAGAUUUUAUUAAAAAGAUAAAAUUGCAAUACUCAAAAUUCAGAUUCAACAUCAAGACAGUAAAAGAGAAAAAAAAACAUACAAAAAUUUUCUGCGAAAUUAUAAAAGUGAACAAGAUUUUGUAAAUAAUAAUAUUGGAGAAAAGAAUUCUUCUUUGGAACACAGAAAAGAACUUCUGAGAAAAUGCAUUAGAUUUUCUUUCUUUUAUAAAAAAAAAAAAAAUGUUUUCUUUUGGAUAAAAGAACGUAUAAAUUUUAGAUGGAAAGACUGGCAAAUUUGAAUUUUUCUCAAACAAACAAAAAAAAGUGGCUUGAAAAAUCAUUCUUGAAUGUUGCAAAUAUUGAAUGAUGUUUAUAUGAAUAUGUAAAAUCUUUCAAAACUUAUUCCACCCAGUUUUUGUGCCUUUUUUGCCAUAAAGAGCGUGUUUUUGUACGAAUGACAAUGAAAAUAUCGUGUCUUUUUUAGAGAAGAAAGAAAAAUCACUCAUUCCAAAUGUAUUAAUCAUUAGACGUGGUGAAAAGGUAUAAAAUAAUAAACCUGCAACUGUAAGCAAACUGUAAUCAAAAGAGGAGUAAAUAGAUUUAUAUAUUUUAUCACAAGUGUUUUCAAAGUAAAAAAAAAAAGAAAA